AUGAACGCGGAUGCAUUAGAAAGAAAGGUUAAAGCAUACGAAGAUUUGCACGCUAAAUUUGAUAGUAUUCAAUCAAAAAUCGAAAUACUUGUGACGGGUUCGGACUCUGAAACACAACACCUUGAUGAACGGGAUGCCUUUGAAGACGUAUUUUUUCCCCUAAUUGCGCAAGCGGAAACGCUUAUCGCGAAUUUGCGCGGGCCCCGAGAGCUCACCGCGUCUACGAGCACCGUGCCCACGGCAGCUAUGGAACCGCAAGGCGCUCCAAGACUACCGAUCAUCACACUACCGAGUUUUGACGGAAAGUACGAUCAUUGGAAACACUGGCUGUUUCUGACUUCUGACGCGAAUUACAAACUUGCUUGGGCCAAUUUGAAAAGACGAUUUGAAGAUCCCGAUUCGUUGAUCCAUCAUCAUGUAAAUUCGCUCUUAGAAAUACCGAAUAUCGCGGCACAAACUAGUUCUUCGCUUCGAGAAUUCAUUGACAAGGCCAACAAUCAAUUGGUCGCGUUAGGUGCAUUAGGCGAACCGAUUGAGGCAUGGGACACACUAAUGAUCAUCAUGCUAGCUAAAAAAUUAGAUUCGAAAACCUUCGAGGCAUGGGACAUGCGUGCUACAAACGCGAUACGUAAACAGAAGUUCAAUGACUUCGUCGAGUUUAUUGAACAACAGGCAAAAAGACUCGAACGGGCAGCCACGAACCCACAGACGAUCGCGCAGGUAUCCGAGCAGGCUAAGAAGGGUCGCGCGCAUAGAUUUCAGGGCAGGUCGGAAACGGUAGCCGCUCACGCUUCGAGUACGCGCAAUCAAUGCGCACUAUGCAAAGGUGAGCACCUGCUACAACAAUGCGGGCAGUUAAAGGCACUGCCAGCCCUUGAACGGCAUGAAACAAUUAAACGCCUCCGAUUGUGUUUCAAUUGUCUCCAACAAGGGCAUAGUAUCAAAAAUUGUACGCGUGGAAUGUGUAGGAAAUGUGGGAAAAAACACCAUACUCUUCUUCAUCGAGAAGAGCCGGCCCAAGAGAUAGCAUCCGUAGAUUCAUCAGAUAGCUCCAUACCAUCGUGCGUGUCAAAUUCCGUGAGUACUGCGAUAGAGUAUACGGUCCUAUCGACCGCGAUCGUUUAUGUAGAGGAUAGGAACGGUAAAAGGCAUGAAUGUCGCGCGUUAUUAGACGUAGGAUCGCAAGCACACUUCGUGACAGAAGAGCUAUCUGAUAAAUUAGGAUUUUCGCGUUCUUCUAUAAAGACAGUUGUCGGCGGUCUCGGCAGAGCAUCGAAGACAAUUCAAUAUAAAUCAGACGUAGUAAUUCAUUCGCGGGACAACAAGUUUCGCACGAACCUCUCGUGUCUAGUAAUUAAGGACAUUACUGACGAUAUGCCGAACUUGCCUACCAAUUUCCUAAAAAUCUGCGUGCCACCAAACAUCACGCUUGCCGAUCCGCAGUUCAACAAAAAAUCGCGCAUAGAUUUAUUGAUAGAAGCCGGUCUAUUUUGGAAAUUGCUGUGCAUUGGACAACAAAGGGUAGACUCAAGCGACCUGGUGUGGCAGAAGACUAGAUUAGGCUGGGUUUUGGGCGGUAGUGUAAUCAGUUUGAUUAGCCCUCAUCCUACGAACAGAAGCACCUGCCACUCAGUGAUGACCACAGACUUGAAUAGAACGAUUUCCCAAUUUUGGGAAAUUGAAGAAGUACAACCCUCGUCAAUAGAAACCUCAGGUAGUUCGACCGAUCCCAGCGAGACGCACUUUGAUCUCACGACGACACGAGACGAAACGGGACGAUACAUAGUUAAAAUUCCAUUCAAUAGCAAACUAGGCGAACUCGGACAAUCGCGCACACAAGCCGAAAACCGUUUAUUAAGAAUAGAACGUAGAUUUUCGAAAAACUUAGAGCUUAAUAGACUGUACACUGAAUUCAUGACUGAGUACAAUACACUAGGACACAUGACGCAACUGACAGACCAGAAAGUAAUCUGCACGGAACCAAACUUCUAUCUACCCCAUCAUGCUGUCUUUAAACAAUCUAGCACCACGAAGAUUCGGGUCGUUUUCGACGGAUCGGCAAAGGGUUCAUCAGGCGUAUCAUUAAACGAUGCGCAACUAGUAGGGCCAACCGUACAAAGCGACCUGUUUUCAAUCCUCAUUCGUUUCCGCAAACACCGCUUCGUACUCUCGGCGGAUAUAGAAAAAAUGUAUAGGCAAAUUCUCGUGCACCCGGAGCACCGCAAUUUUCAACGAAUCUUGUGGCGACCGAGUGGCAACGCACCCAUCAAAGUGUAUCAGCUAAAUACCGUAACAUAUGGUACUGCAUCAGCCUCAUUUUUAGCCACCCGCGUACUAAAGCAGAUCGGUCUCGAUCAUGCCCACGCGUUCCCAGCAGCAAGUCGCGCGAUAGUCAACGAUUUCUACGUCGACGAUCUGCUAACCGGCUGCGAAACUAUUUCAAACGCCAUAAAAAUACGGAAGGACUUAACCGAAAUCCUCGCGCGGGCAGGAUUCUCGUUACGAAAAUGGGCAAGCAACGAUAGCGAGACGUUAGGAUCACAACAUCCUCACCAAGAGUCAAUAGAAAUUAGAGCAGCGGAUCAAGAUCCAAAAACAUUAGGGUUGUUAUGGAUGACCCGCACCGACGACCUUCGGUAUUCCAUCGGGAAGCAAUCGUCGGGACGCACUACUAAACGCACCGUAUUGUCGGAAAUUGCACAAAUUUUCGAUCCUCUCGGAUUAAUAGGGUCGAUAGUGACGAAGGCGAAGUUGUUCAUGCAGUCUUUAUGGCAACUGAAAAUAAAUUGGGAUGAGACACUUCCUCAAGAUCUCCACACGCAGUGGUCAGCCUUUCGGGAGGAAUUGCAAACAAUUUCCUCAAUAUCAAUUUCGCGUCAUGUAAUCAGUCACGAUAGUGAUCGCAUCGAACUGCAUGCCUUCUCGGAUGCUUCAGAAAAGGCGUACGGGAGCUGCGUAUACCUGCGUACGGUAGACAAAGCCGGAGCCUCGACGGCCCGAUUGUUGUGCGCGAAGUCCCGAGUAGCGCCGCUCAGGUCAACAACCUUACCGCGAUUGGAACUUUGUGGGGCACUUCUUGCCUCCCAGUUAACAUCGAAGGCUAAAGGCGCACUACAAAUGUCCAUUACGGAUGAAUUUUAUUGGUCCGAUUCGACAAUUGUGCUAGCAUGGCUCAAGAGCCCUCCGAGUAAAUGGACCAAAUACGUAGCCAAUAGAGUCUCGGAGAUACAGCAGCUGACGGCGCGCGGUGUUUGGAAUCACGUAUCUUCGAACGACAAUCCCGCGGACAUAAUUUCGCGCGGCGCUAACACUAAGUCUUUGACAAAUUGCGAAUUAUGGUGGUUCGGUCCGUACUGGCUUGCACAGAAGGCCGGUCAAUGGCCUUCGGUACAACCUUCCCCUCAAGAUAUACCUGAGGUACGGAAAGUCAAGGCAACCUGUCUAGUGUCAACCAGCAAGGCUGACAAACCCUUCGACCUCCUGUCGCGAUACUCUAAUUACUCAACACUGCGUAGAAUCACGGCGUACUGUUUAAGAUUUCGACGCAAGGUUGGACAAGAAUCGUUAACGCAUCCAGCCUCACAAGCGAAUCCUUUGAAUCCGCGGUACCUAACCACACACGAGUUAAUCGACGCCGAAAUAGUAUUAGUAAAACUCGCUCAAAGAGAUCAGUUCAACUUGGAAGUAGACGCGUUAAUUAAAAAACGGUCUCUGAACCCUCGAAGCGUGCUGAGGGCUUUGAGCCCAUUUUUAGAUAACGCCGGAGUAAUCAGGGUGGGCGGUCGCCUCGAUAACGCACCUAUCGCAUACGAGCACAAACACCCAAUGAUCCUACCCGCGAAGCACCCACUCACUAAGCUCAUAGUCGAGCACGAGCAUCGUAGAUUACUCCAUUCCGGUCACCAAUUAACCUUAGCAUCACUACGCGCACAAUUUUGGCCAAUAACGGGCAAACAGGUAGUAAAAAAAAUAUUAGAUCAGUGCAUCAAGUGCUUCAGAGUUCGCCCAACAGGUACGAACAAUUUAAGGGGUAAUAUCUAG